UUGCGAGUCGCGGAUUUGGAGCAUAGAGCAUACCAGCUGUAUUUGGUUCGCCCUGUUAGUACCUCCUAAUCAAACUCAUCGCUCCACUCUCAAUCUCGCGAACGGUUUCCGCAAUUUGCUCACGUGGCUUCCGAGGGAGACUCGGUAAAGUGGGUGGUAACCAGUGCCCGCGAAUUCGCAUGUGGAGUUUCCUGAAUGUCGACGUCGCCGUCGAAGUGCCUAGAGAACUCGGCCAGCGAGUCACCCAGACACUACGAACAGGCAUGUCGCGCUUCCACUGAACAGAUGCCAGGCAAGGUUCGAGGAACGCGAAUGGCAGCACAGCUGCCUCACAGCAGGUUCGAGGAUGUGUAGAUCGUCUCCUGUUGCCCCUCGAUUUUCACCGUCGACCGUAAACGCGCGUCCCGAUCGACCACUGAAUUCCCCUCCCCCUGCCCUCUUCCCCACCGUCCAUCGCCUCGCGCCGCUAUCUGCUCCCUCGCCCCACGCCUCACGGCACGCGCGGCGGCUCUUCGUCCUCAUCGUCCCCCAUGCGGCUGAUCCGAGCCGCAUGGCUCGCCGCGCAGCGAUGCCAGCAGCAAGCUCAAAGCAGCUCCGUCAUCACCUCUCCGCGCCAAUUCUCCGCCAUCCACUCUCUCCGCGCGUCGCACCCUCUCCUCUCUCCGCCUCUCCCCGCGGCUUCUCCUAUCCCGAAUGUUGAUCGCAUCCCAGCAAGCGGAGCAGCUGCGCCAACAGCCUUCUCCGCGCGGAUUGCCCCUCCCCGAUCCGCGCGCAUCUCGUCCGCCGCGCCAUGCGCGCAGCCUAAGGAAUUGGGGCAGGCGCAGGAGGGAUCGCCGGAAGCCGCCACAGUGUCAGAGGGGCAGAGGCUUGAGGGGGAGGGGCGAGAGGGGAAGGGGGCGGAAGGGAGCGCAAGCACCACGAGAGGCGCCUCGGCUUGUGUUGGCGCGCGGGAUGGCGAUGGUGUGGGUGGUGGGGGGGCCGAUCGCCCCAGUGCUGCCGUUCCCACAGGCGAUGCGCGGCGCAGCACCGCCCCCACUAGCAGCACGCCAUGGCAGGGCGGGCGGCUGCCGCCCACGGGGCCGGGCGAGAAGCCGCGCGUGGUGGUGCUGGGGACGGGGUGGGCGGCGUGCCGGUUCCUGCGCGACGUGGACGUGCGCGCGUGGGACGUGGUGUGUGUGGCGCCGCGCAACCACAUGGUGUUCACGCCGCUGCUGGCGUCCACGUGCGUGGGCACGCUGGAGUUCCGGUCCGUGGCCGAGCCCGUCGAGCACAUCCAGCCCGCCGUCUCCCGCUCGCCCUCCUCCUUCUUUUCCUC